GGCUGCAGGGCCUGGCGGCCUUCGCGCUGGCGGCCGCGGCGCUGCGGGCGCUGCUGCGGCACCUCCUGCCCCUGGCCGGGCUCUACGCGCUGCUGCAGGCGCUGGUGCUGCUCGCCAGCCUCAGAGACCCGCCCGGAGCCCCCCCGGCCGCACGGAGACCCCCCAGCAGCAGCAGCAGCAGCAGCAGGAGGAGGAGGAGCCGCUGACAGAAUGGUGGGACCCCCCCACCGGGGGCAAGGACAAAGGGAGGGGGCCCCCUGAGGAGUAAGGGACAACCCCCCCCGCUUGGGGGUCCUGCUGGACCACCGGGACCUCCCCCCACAUCCCUUGGACCACUGGGAGCAAUAAUGGACCACCGGGAACACUCCUGGACCCCCCUGCCCAGGGACUGCCGGGAACACUGAAAGAUCACCAGGAUGCACCCGGGGACCACCAGAAACCCCCCCGGAUCCCCCUGCCCAGGGACUGUCAGAAACACUGAAAGACCACCAGAAACCCCCCGGGACCCCCCCCCCAGACCACCAGGAACACUAAAAGACCACCCUGAGCCACCCAGGGACCACCAGAACCCCCGCUGGACCCCCCAGACCACCAGGAACACUAAAAGAUCACCAGGAACACUCCAUGGACCACCAGGACACACCCGGGGACCCCCAGAAAGGCCCCUGGGAGCCCCCCGAAACACUAAAGACCCACCGAGACACCCCCAGGGGGAGGUCAAAGCCCCCCAAAAGCGCCCCCAACCCAGGACAGGCCCCGCCCACUGUGACCGCCAAAGCUCCGCCCCUGUUGACGUCACAGCACAGCCCGCUGCCACACGCACACGAAGCCACGCCCACUGCGAUUGAUUGAUUGGCGCGCCCCGCCCCCUGUUCGCCGUUGGCUCCGCCCAUCGCCGCCAGCCCCUCCCCUCCCCCCGCGCGUUUUUUUGGCCCGCCCGUCACCGCCGCCCCCUCCCCUCCCCCUCAUCUCCCGGGGACCCCCGAUCCGGGACCCCCGAACCGGGACCCCCAUCGCGGCCCCGCCAUGGCGGAGGAGCGGCCCGAGGUGCUGCAGGUGCUCGUGAAAACCCUGGACUCGCAGACGCGGAGCUUCGAGGUGGAGCCGGAGAUCUCGGUGCGGGAGUUCAAGCAGCGCAUCGCGGGCUCCGUGAGCAUCGCGGCCGAGAAGCAGCGGCUCAUCUACCAGGGCCGCGUCCUGCAGGACGAGCGCCGGCUGCGCAGAAUACAAUGUGGGGGCAAGGUGAUCCACCUGGUGGAACGAGGCCCCCCCCAGGCCCAAUCCCCAACUCGGGGGUCCCUCGGGCCUGGGCACCUCCCCAGAACGGGGGGACUCGAGGGCCCCGACAGGAACAGCAACAGCUACGUCAUGGUGGGGACCUUCAACCUGCCGAUCGACGGCUCCUCGGUCGACGUUCACAUCAACAUGGACCAGGGCCCUGCCCAGAGCGAGCCCCGGAUGAGGCUCUUGGUGGCCCAGCACAUGCUGAGGGACAUCCAGGGGGUGCUGGCACAGCUGGAGGUGAGCGGGACCUCAAAUUCCCCCAAAAACCUCCCCAAAAUACCCCUAGGCACGGGGGCUCCUCCCGCUCCCCCUCCCAGGCCGAGGGGCCCCCUGGCCCCCCGAGGCUCCCCCGGCCCCCCUGAGGAGCCGAUGGAGGCGUCGGGGGUCCCGCAGAGCCCCGAGGCCCCCGAGCCGGGCCCUGAGCCCCCCGGGCCCCGAGGCCGCCAGAGCUGGGGAGGUGCUGGGGAGCUGCGGGCGCCUCGAGAGCCGCCUGGAGCCCUUCAGGAGCGCUACCGGGAGCUGCUGGGCACGGCUGGCACUGCUGACUACAACAAUAAUCCCUUCCGGGAGCGCUACCGGGAGCUGCUGGGCACGGCUGGCACUGCUGACUACAACAACAAUACGGAGGGUCGAGAGGAGGCCCAGCGCCUGGUGAACCUGGUGGGGAGGGAGCGUCUCCUGGGCAAUGCCCUGGUGGCCCUCUCGGAGCUCCGCUGCAAUUUGGGGGCCCCCGCCCCCUCCACCUGGCCCGGCCCCUCCCCACUACGGGCCCCCAUGCUGGUGCAGCAGGCGACCAUCCCCAUCCAGAUCAACGUGGGCACCACGGUGACGAUGGCAGGGAACGGGGGCCCCCAGCCCCCAGGGCCCCCGGCCCCGCUGAGCCCCCCGACCACCCCCUGACCCCGGGGACCCCCGAGGCCCCCUGCGCCCCCCCAGGGCCCCCAGGCAGGGCCGCCCCGGGUGAUCCGGAUCUCGCACCAGAGCGUGGAGCCCGUGGUGAUGAUGCACAUGAACAUCCAGGGUGAGACCCCAAAUCCCCCCUCUGCUCCCCAAAUCCCCUUCCCUGCUCCCCCUGUCCACUCGGGGUCUCCCCACAGGGGGGCUCGGCAGGACCCCCGGCCCCGGGCUGGGCAUCGGCGGGGUGGGGUGCAGCUGCCCCCACUGCCCCCCGAGUUCCUGCAGGCUGUGGCCCACCAGAUCACCCAGCAGGCCAUGGCGGCCGCGGCCUCGGCGGCCACAGGCCAGGCCGUGGGGGUUCCAGGCCCCGCCCGCGUCGUCAUCGCCCGCCCCUCGGCCCCUCCCCAGGCCCCUGGGGGGGCGUCUCUGGCCCAGGUGAUCAGUGGGCUCGUGGGGCAGCUCCUGAUGCAGCCGCUGGUGCUGGGUGAGGGCACCCCAGCCCCUCCCCCCACCGAGGGCGGCCCCGCCCCCGCCGCCCCUCCCCCGGGAGCCUCCCCCGAGUUCUUCACCAGUGUCCUGCAGGGGGUCCUGAGCUCCAUGCUGGGCCCCCUGGGAGCCCCCCCGAGCGGCCCCCCCGAGAGCAUCGCAGCCUUCCUGAGCCGCCUGAGCGGGACCCCGGGCUGCUCGAGGGCCCCAGGGUUUUUUGGGGCCCUGCUGGCUCUGAUCUGCCAGCACCUGUCCAUGGUGGACGUGGUGCUGCUGCUGCACGGGCGGUGCCAGCCCCUGGCGCGGCUGCAGCCGCUGCUUCGCCGCUGCUUCCGCCAGAGAUACCUGGGGGGCCGCGACCCCACCGAGGCCAACGUGCGGGCAGCGACGCACGAUCUGAUCAUGGGGCUGGAGGGGUUCAUCCGGGAGAGCUUCGUGAGCCGGGUGCGAGUGGCGGACGGGGUGGACAUCACGCGCACCAACGUGGAGUUCCUGCGGGAGCAGGUACAGUGGGGUCAGUUCAACCGCAUCGCCCUGCACGUGCUGCGCUGCACCGACGGCUCGUUCGGGCCGCGCCUGCUGGAGCUCUGCAACCGCGGCCUGUUCGAGUGCCUGGCGCUGAACCUGCACUGCCUGCGGGGCGAGAGGGGCGCCCUGGGGGCUCUCAUCAGCGACCGCAUCCGCCGUCUGUCGGCCGACGUGCCGCCGUCGCUGGUGGGCUGGCUCACGGCCGUGGUGGGGCUGCGGCUGCAGGCGGUGCUCGAGUCGAUGCCCGUGACCCCCGAGCAGGUGCUGCCCUACGUCAGGCACCUGGGGGAGCCCCCCGAGCCCCCGCCACGACAGCCUGAGGAGCCAAUGGAGGUUCAGGAAGCGGAGCCGCCCCCGGAGGAGGCGCAGCGGGACGGCGCUGAGGUCCCCCGCCCCGCCACCACGGCCGAGGAGGCCCUGCCCCCUCCGAGAGCGACAGCGAGGCCUGGGCGGCCGCCGUGCCCCGGACCCCCCCUCACCCUGUUUCCCCCCCAGGAGUGGGUGCCCAUCAUCCGCGAGGACGUGCAGCGCCAGCGCAAGGGGAAGGCGCAGCCCCCGCUCAGCGACGCCUACCUGAGCGGGAUGCCCGCCAAGCGCCGCAAGGUGGGACCCACAGGGACCCCUGACUGCGGUGCAGGCGAGGCCCCCUGCUCCUGGCCGAGGGCCGUGGGUCGAGCCGCCCGAGCCGCCGGGCCCGGACCCUCGGGACCCCGAGAGCCUGAGCAGGAGCUGAGCCAGGGACCCCUCCAGGAGGGCUACAGGCAGCAGCUCCAGGCGGACCUGGCGCGACGCCUCCGCGACGACCCCGAUUUCAGCCCCCGGCGCUUCCCCAACGCCCACCGGGCCUUCGGAGCCCCCUCCCCGAGCGAGCUCCCAGGAGCCCCCAAUAAAGAGGCCCCUCCCCUGCUCCAUUCCGUGUCCGAGUUGGGUUUUUGUCAUUAA